CUUCCCUCCUACACUCUUCCCCCCAUCAAUUACUAUAUAAACCCCUCCUCCCUUCCCAGUUUAUAAUCAUCACAAUUUGUUCCCAGUGUGUAUUUUCGUCCACCUUCAGCUCCACGUACCUCCGAUAAAUUCAUUCCUUCUAUAUCAUCCUUUUGUUUUCUCCGGUACUUCUCCUUCUCGAUCGAUCAUCAAAUGGAAAGAAACAAUAUGCGCAGGCAGGUUGCUCUGAUGAGGCAGUCCCUCUUUACUCAGGGAUAUCUGGAUGAACAGUUUGUUCAGUUGGAGGAGCUGCAAGAUGAUACUAAUCCAAAUUUUGUGGAGGAAAUUGCUACAUUGUACUACCGUGAUUCAUGCAGAUCACUCCAAACCAUAGAGCAGGCAUUAGAGAAAACCCCUCACGAUUUCAAUAAGUUGGACAAUCAUAUGCAUCAAUUCAAGGGAAGUAGCUCAAGCAUCGGAGCCAAAAAGGUGAAAGCUGAAUGCCAACAGUUCAGAGAAUAUUGUAGGGCAGGAAAUGGAGAAGGAUGCAUGAGAACUUUCCAACUAUUGAAGAAAGAACAUGCAACUCUGAAAAAGAAGCUUGAGGCUUAUUUUCAGAUGGCAAGGCAAGCUGGGCCAAUUGAGACUGCAAGUCGUCCCAAGUAAGAAGAAACUAAUCAACAUGCAGAAGGUUGUGAUAUAAUCAUGUAGCAAAAUGUUAGGUUGUUGGAUAUUGUGCGUACUACACACACACACACACACACACAUAUAUAUAUAUAUAUAUAUA